AGCGCGUAUCCCAAGAAGAGAUUUGAUCAAUAGGUCGUAUUAAAAUCAAAACGUAGAAGACGACAUUGGCCGAAAGAAAGGCGAGUGCCCGAAAGGAAGCGGCAGGAACUCUUACGGAUGUAACGCAAAGCGUGUGUACGGAAGGUAAUGGCAACCUAGUGUAAGCACCAGCUGUUACCACAUUGUUAGGGGGAGGGGGGAUAGGUGCGCGUAGGUAACCACAGGAAGAGAAUACUUUCACUGCCAAACGUACGGUUGGGAGCCUUCGAGAAGGACGAGAAAACUCAGACAUCGGUUAGUCAGACGGAUAAGGACGGUGAGAGUAAAACGAUCAGGGAGCGUAGUACCGGCACAGCGCUCUAUCGUUUUACCGAGAUACUUACCCGUCAUUCUACUAUCGUUUCGAAACCGCUGAACCACCUGCAUCGAUCGAUCCUGCCGAAAAUCGCGCGUCCUCGCGAUCGUUCCUGCGUUCAUCGUCUAAUUCCAUCGAGAAGAAGGUAGUUUCAUUCCAUUUGGUUCGCGAUUCGGAACUACGGAUCCGCGAUACCGAUCGAUACCAUCCAUGUAAACGAUCCAAAUAAAGAGGAAGUCGAUUCGAAGGAUUUAAUGGAAAACCGACGGACUCCAUGGGCAGAGAAGCUUCGUAAACAUCGUAACGAAGAGAAGCAAUGAAGAAGGUAAAUCCCCGUGUAUCAUCCAAAGUACAUCGUAUCGAGAAAAUCGGCACACGGCCACCAGACAUUCUUUCAUGAUGACAUACGAACCAGCGAAAACAUUUCAAAAUCGGAAAUAUCAUUGGGUGAAAUUUAAGAAUCUAUCCAGUGGAAAAGAAUGGUAUUCAGCGCGAUCGUGGUCACGUCGGCCUUGAAGGGUGCUUUGAGCCUGGUGGGCACGAGUUUGUGGCUAAUCCCUCUAUUGAUAGCAGGUCUGUCCUACUAUCGAUACGAUCAACUGGACCCGGAGAGUCGGCCUAUCGACAAAUAUCCUCUCUACGCGGAAUACGAUUUCGUGGUUGUGGGAGCUGGAUCAGCCGGGGCUGUCGUGGCUAAUCGGCUAUCAGAAAUAGCAAAAUGGAACGUUCUUCUACUAGAGGCUGGUCCGGAUGAGAACGAAGUAACCGACGUACCUUCGUUGGCGGCUUAUCUUCAAUUGACGAAAUUAGAUUGGAAAUAUAAAACAGAACCGACGGGGAGAGCCUGUCUGGCUAUGAAAGGUGGUCGCUGUAACUGGCCUCGUGGCAAAGUUCUAGGUGGUUCGAGCGUGCUCAAUUACAUGUUAUACGUCAGAGGGAACAGACACGAUUACGAUUACUGGGAGUCGAUGGGCAAUCCUGGUUGGGGAUACGACCAGGCGCUCUAUUAUUUUAAGAAAUCCGAGGAUAACAGGAAUCCCUACUUGCAGAGGAGUCCGUAUCACUCGACUGGCGGGUACUUGACGGUGCAAGAGUCUCCGUGGAAGACUCCUUUGGUAGUGGCGUUCGUUCAGGCAGGAACGGAGAUGGGCUACGAAAACAGGGAUAUAAACGGAGAAGAGCAAACGGGAUUUAUGAUAGCUCAAGGGACGAUCCGCCGAGGUAGCAGAUGCUCGACGGCGAAGGCGUUUCUGCGACCAAUUCGACUGCGUAGGAACAUUCACACCGCCAUGAAUUCUCACGUAACUAGAGUUCUGAUCAAUCCUGUCACCAUGAAAGCAACGGGCGUCGAGUUUGUCAGGGAUGGUCGCAGACAAAUGGUCCGAGCGAGAAAGGAAGUGAUUCUUUCCGCCGGAGCGAUAAAUAGCGCUCAGAUUCUCAUGUUAUCCGGUGUAGGACCGAAGGAACACCUACGUCACGUUGGAAUACCGGUGAUAAAGGACCUUCGAGUGGGCGACAAUCUACAGGAUCACGUUGGCAUGGGUGGCUUGACGUUCCUGAUAGACAAACCCGUGGCUAUUGUUCAGGAUCGGCUGCAAGCGGCUCCGGUAACGAUGCAUUACGUGGCGAAUGGAAGGGGUCCGAUGACCACUCUAGGCGGCGUCGAGGGCUACGCCUUCGUCAACACGAAAUACGCCAAUCGGUCCAUCGAUUAUCCGGACAUUCAAUUACACAUGGCGCCGGCGUCCAUAAAUUCAGACGGCGGCGUGCAAGUUAAGAAGAUUCUCGGAAUAACCGACCAAGUGUACGAUACCGUGUACAGACCUAUAACGAAUAAGGACGCAUGGACCAUCAUGCCUCUUCUGCUCAGGCCUAGAUCGAGAGGCACGGUCAGGCUACGUAGUUCCAAUCCGUUUCAUAGUCCGCUGAUCGACGCUAAUUAUUUCUCCGAUCCGAUGGACAUCGCCACUUUGGUCGAAGGUGCGAAAAUCGCGAUCAGAGUUAGCGAGGCGAAGGUUUUCAAGCAGUUUGGAUCGAGAGUUCACAGAAUCAAACUGCCUGGGUGCAAGCACCUGAAAUUUGCUUCGGACGCGUACUGGGAGUGUCACAUUCGACAUAUUUCGAUGACCAUUUAUCAUCCGGUCGGAACAACGAAGAUGGGCCCUUCUACCGAUCCCACCGCCGUCGUCGAUUUUAGGCUGAAGGUACACGGGAUCGAAGGGUUGAGGGUGAUCGACGCGUCGAUCAUGCCUACCAUUUGUAGCGGAAACACGAACGCGCCGGUAAUUAUGAUCGGAGAGAAGGGAGCCGAUCUCGUAAAGAACGAUUGGCUGACGGUAGAAACUGCGAGAAGAAGCUAGCUAGCGAUUUCAUAUUAGCGGAUCGAGUAAAAGUUGGCAAAAAGUUGUUGAUCUUUACUAGAUAGAUAUAUCUGUUGGUACUUUAGUUACGUUUUGUUGUUGGUAAAUUUGUACUCGCGUUACUUGCAAAAAUAUCUGUCUCUUGUGAUACAUCUCUCUUCUGUGUGUUCUCUCUUCUGUGUGUGUACGUGUGUGUACUUGCUGGAUUAUAUGUACAUAAAGAUGAAAUUUUGUUAAAUUAACGGUAGAAUUAUCGUUGAGUGAAAGGUUGUUACAAAACGAUCUGAUACAGCGAACGAAUCAAACUGCAUCGAAAAUGAAAUAACUUCAUCGUACGAUUGGAUUAACUGUAAAGUUUAUAAUUUUACAAAAUUUAAUUACAAACUAUGAAGCGAUCAUCGAAAAAAGCGAAAUAGGGAACCUUCUUGCGUAUAGAGUCGGAUCGUGCUCUACAAGCAGAAAUUACGAAUUAAUGUUAAUAUUUUAUCAUCGAUCAAAAAGCUUAUGAUGUAAACGCAUUGCGCACAGGUGGGCAGAUAGCUCGUAUCCGCAUCUCCGGAUAAUUAUAUGAAUUUCACGUAAUACUUGUCUCGUUAUACGGUUGUUAUCAUCGGAGGUAAACUGAAUUGCAGGGAUCGAAAUACGGAUGAGGAGGAAAGAUACGAAACUACGGAUUAAAAAAUUGUGUAACAGAAUUUAUUCGUCGAAUGUCAAGAAAAAUUAGACCAUCGUGAUAGUCGAUGCAACUUCAAAUAAAAUAAAUAAUAAUAGCAGAAAAUUUAACUAAAUUGCACGAAGAAACACCAAUCCUGUAUCUCAAGAAAAUAAAGGACGUUUUACGCGAGACUUAACUAUGUUAUACAACACAUCGCGUUAUGUACUUUAAGAAAAAUAUUUGUUUCUUUUGAUUUAAACGAACAAGAAAUCCUUUACGAGUGAAAAAUUCCAUGGCAACGUGGAAUGACAAAUUUCAUAAUUAUCACACUAUUUGAUUCAAAAUAGCGACUUUUGAAUAGAUAGAACACAAGUUUACCUCCUUUCGAAUUCUUUUUCCUACUUACCCGUCCUCGAGAAUAACCGUACAAUAUUUGUUUAAUAAGCGAGCUCUUUUUUUCUCAGGUUCUUUUUCCUCUUCGUGCACGUGCCAUAUCUUAUUACGUAACUUCUCCGCAACAAAUCUGUGUGUAAUUAAACUUUCAAGCCAGAAUAUUUUAAGAACUAAUCUGCAACUAUAAACAACGAAUGUCACGAACAUAAUACAUAUUUAAAUCCUGUGUACCGUACAAAAGAUUAAACUUGUUCCUUCGACACGAACAUUCGUUAUUUUAUGUAAAGAGAAGAAUUCUUAUAGUUCAUUAGCGAGAUAAUAAUCGAUAUCGUAUACUAUUAAUCGGAAGAUUAACAUCACAACCAAUGCAUCAUACUGCACCUAAUUUUAAUAAUUUUUUUUUUCUUUUUUGCUGGUUAUUCGAUACUAAAAUUUAUCAAAGAGAAGUACGUGUUAAUCAAUAGGCGAGUGAUAACAAAUUUCUCACCUAUAUAUUCGAAUGAAAUUCGAAUGACAAAGGGUCGAGUCUUCGUCUUAUCGUACAUUUAUAAAAUAAACUACCAAAGGUUGUAUCUAUCGUUCGAUUAAUUCGUUAAUUGAAUUAUCCUUUGACGUAAAUAUAAGUACAUGUUACUUAUAUUCGAUAGUUGUAUGUCCAUUGUAUCGCAUAUACCGUAUCGAUGUAACAAAUAAUGUAAACUUCGAUCGACGAAUAGUAAUAAAAAAUGAACAAUUUAUAUCUUGCAUCUCGAAUUAUUACGCGUAGCCAUUAAAUAUAAUCAGUUAUAUACAAAUUUCGAGAACUUUGAUUCUACACCGGAGGAACACAUGAUCGGCAGCCUAAUGGUGUCUCCGAACAU